UAUGUAGGCGUCCCUCUUCCGGUGUUAACCGGAUGUGGAGGAGUUCAGUGAGUGCUGGACGCCAUCGACAGUAGUGACGCUUCAAAUGUGACAUUUGAAGAGAUUUUUUAUUUUUGUAAUAAAGUGAGUCGUCAUAUAUAAGUUGACGUUAAUACAGCGGGUUGUAUUUUAUAAGUAACUCGCAGUAACAGUGAGCUAACUGACUUGGACCAAGCUGUUUGUAGUCCAGCAGCUAACUACUAGUAGACGAGAGACCACCCAGAGGUUUGCCUUGACCAGCUCCUUAUGUCUGAAGACUCGUCCAGCGAUGAUGAAUGGUGCUUAUCCACAGAAAAGCAAGGGGAUGAUGCGCACCCAGGGGCGCAAUGUUGGGAAUGUGGCAAAAAAUUCAGCAAAAUAAAAUGCUUGAUGUCGCACUACAAAAGCCAUGACAUCGAAGCCACCUGCCACAUCUGCAGGGUUACUUUCCGACGCCUGACGUCACUCUUCAUGCACCUGGACAAUGUGCACUCGCCACCCCUCUGCAAAAGGUGCGAUCAGUAUUUCAGUAACACGUGGGAGUUGAAUAAACAUGCAGAGACCUAUUGCGUGGGCUCGACGCCAUUUCGAGAAGCUCCCUCUUUGAUAUCUGCGGCCAUAUGUCGGAGUCAGAACAAUGACAACUUUCAUAAUGACGUGACUGCACAGCAAAGCACAAAGUCAGUGCUCCGUGACUCCGUGUCAGAGGUGAGGCCUCAACAAAGAAUUGAGAGGAAGCCUGAGAGAGCUGGAACAUCUGACAACAGUAUAGAGUAUAUAGUGAUUGAAGAUGAUGACGAUGUUGACAUGGAAAGUGAUCGUGAGAAAGCAGAUGAUUCAACAAGCACCGAAUCUGAUGGCGAAGAUAAGACGCGGCGCUCUAAACCGGCAAACUCGUGUCCGGAUGAUCCAGAAUCGGACGGUGGCUCAAGUUCAUCCGAUUCUUCCAGUGACUCUUCUCAUACUCCGCACACUAAAACCCCUCCUGCAGCCCUUCCUAAAACCCCUCCUGCAGCCCUUCCUAUCGUUACUAGCAUAAUGUGUGAUGCGUGUGGUAGAGGGCCAUUUCGGGCAAUGAAGCUCCAUUUGCGGCACUGUAGUGGUAUAAGAGUAAAAUAUCAGUGUUCAGUGUGCAAAAUGAUCUUUCUAACUGAGACGCCUCUUAAGGAACACUACAUGCCUUUGUAUUCCUGUCAAAUCUGUGGCCAAGUUUUCUCUCAAAAGGACUCGUACCUUCGCCACCAGUGUCCCAAGGGAACCAAAUCACCUCUGGUCCUCUUUUGUUCCGAGUCGAUGCCGAAAGCGUGUAAAAUAUGCAAAUCCUUUUUCACCUCCGAGAAAACUUUGUUAAACCAUGUCACCAGAGUUCACACGUCAGUGGUCAGCACCAAGGUGUGCAUUAUUACCAAUCCACCAGGUUUCCAUGGCACAGCAGCCCAUUCAGCCAUCCGUAAUCCAAAUGUGGUCAACCGCGUCAUGAAUGGAAAUCUCCGUGUUGGCCAGACCUAUGCAGGGUCUCUGUCCACUUUUGUGAAAUCCAGCCCUUCCUCCCGGGAGACCUCCUACUCCCAUGCAGGCGGACCUGCCUCUAUACGCAUGGCAUCCUCUGCUGCUCCUUUUAGAUCGGGGAGAAAUGGUGCCCUAGGUCCAACCAACCAGCCUUUAAGGCGUCUGUCUGCACCUUUAUUUGUCCCUCCUGUUGCCACUGACACAACUCCAGCCACUGCGGCCCCUGACCCCGUCACCCCGCCGAUGCUCACUAUUAUGGCCCUGUUUGAGAACGACCGCCAUGACGUGGCUUUGACGAAAGGUAAGAACAGAGGCUGGCGCGCCAAGACCCCUUACCCCUGCAGGCAGUGUGGUGCCAUCUCGCGGCAGCCCUCCCACGUCAUCAGCCACCGCUACCUCCACCGAGGCCACCGCCCAUACCAGUGCCAGUGCGGCCGAGCUUUUAAGCACCAGCUGCACCUGUUGCGACAUUGCGUUCAGCACGCGGAGACCGUAAGCUACAUCUGUGUCAGCUGCGGGGAGUCUUUCACCGGAGCAAAACUCUUAACUGAGCACAUGAAGGGCAAGUCACGGAAGAAAUCGCGUUCUGGACGUACAUGGAAAGUUAAGAGAAAGUGCAGAAUGUCCUUAACAUGCGACUGCGGACAACUUUUUUUUAGGCCUUCGGCUUACAUAUGGCACCUACUUAAAAACAGGACAAAAACUAAACGAUUGAAGCAGCAUCUUGAAUGACAUCUCUGGUUUCUCCAUGGCAUAUAGGGACUUUUUUUCUCCAGCUUUGUGCACCACACUUUAAACCCCAAAUGUUCAACGCAAUCUUUCACAUCACAAUUGUCACUGUUUCAUUUUGGGUUGGUUUUUUUUGUCAGAAAAAAAUCGAAGCAAAAUCACAUCCACAUUCAUUCUUAAUGGCUUUUAAUUACAAGCAUGUCCUGGCUGGUUGUUAACGUGUUUUAGUCAUGUGCAAAUGAUAAACAAUGUUACAACAAGUUCCACAUAAAUUGUUUCGACAAAACACCAGAAUACAAAUUAACCCACCAGGAACUUUUUUUCAGUAUUGGAUUAAAUUAAAACAUAUUAAAACUCCAGUUUAUCCUCCAGAGAGAGAGUUAAUCCAGUUUUACUCAUUUUUCUCACAAAGUGCAUUCUUAACAGUGAGGUUUGUAUAGGGAGUCCUCAUGUUUUGCAUAUUUGUUUUCACUCCAGCUGAUUCAAAUGUUAUGCUCCUGUCAGACAUUGUAGAGGUCUUAGCAUUCAGGUUGGAAAUAGCACAUGACUUUUUUUUUUUUAUAGUUAUAUAUUUGUUCAUGAUUUUAAUGUCAAUAAUCCUCAAUAUUAUGUAGUCUAUUUAAUUCAUGUUCACUAGGUGGAGCUGUUGGGUCGCUAAAAGAAAACUCCCGCUCACGUUUUAUUGUUCUCAGAGCAGGUGUAAACUGUGAGAUGCUUUUCCUGCAUCAGAUGAUUACAACCUUACACAUUAAUCUAUGAGUUUCAGUUGACAUCUCUUAAAAGCCCCCUGAAUUUACAGUUUGAAAUAAAGUUUUCCUCCCCACAAUACUUGAAUUGAAGUUUAGUUUCUUCUCUUGU